AUGCUGACGUCACAGUAUAGCUCAAGUUGGUGCGGAAACCCGAAUUGGAAAGCUCCCUGCUCCUCUGCACCACCAGGGCUCAAAUGGCGUUCCCAUCCGGUUUUCGUCGUCUUCACCGUCGGCACGGGAGCUUUUGUGGAUCUUUUCCUUUACGGCCUUAUCGUACCAGUGCUCCCUUUUUUGCUCAAAGACCGGAUUGAGUUGCCAAACUCCCAUAUACAAAGCACGAUAUCGUAUCUGCUUGCCAUCUAUGCAGCCGCCUCUUGCGCAAUAUCCCCAAUAGCUGGUGUCUUGGCAGAUAGGUUCUCCAGUUCGCGGCAGCUACCUUUCCUUCUCGGACUCACCAUGCUUCUUCUUUCCACUAUCCUCCUUGCCCUCGGUCGUAGCGUGGCCGUCCUUGCUAUCGCGAGGUUUCUGCAGGGUGCCUCUGGUGGUGUCGUUUGGACCAUUGGCAUUGCGAUCAUUAUAGAGACCGUAGGACAAGAGAAUCUGGGCAAGGCAAUGGGAACGGUGUUCAGUUUCAUCUCUGUUGCCGGCCUCUUCUCGCCAAUCGUUGGUGGAGUGCUCUACUCCAAGACUGGAUACAAAGGCGUAUUUGGAGUGGGUGUUGGGUUGAUCGCGAUAGACUUCUUACUGAGAGUGCUUAUGAUCGAAAAGAAAGUCGCGACAAGAUACCCUGGCUCAAAAUCAGAUGCAAAUCAUGAUCCGGAUCAUACACGAGAAAACACAGAGGAAACACCCCUCUUAUCCAACAGUUCUGCCGCAGCUGAUCGAUACCGGCUUUCAAAACCAGCCAAUCGAUUUACCCACAACUUUCCUAUCCUUAUGCUCUUCCGCAACACUGCACUUCUGACCGCCAUAUGGAUCGGCUUCAUCCAAGCUCUACUACUGGGUUCCUUUGACGCUACAAUUCCCCUGGUGGCUUCGGAUCAAUUCAGCUUUGACAGUCUGAAAGCCGGGCUACUUUUCCUACCCCUCGGCGGUGCCGACUUUCUCCUCGGACCCGUAUUUGGAUGGUGUGUUGAUCGGUACGGUACAAAGCCGGUUUCUUUUCUUGGAUUUAUCUGGCUCAUCCCUGCGCUCGUCUUACUUCGACUGCCUACCGAGUCGGAUCUUGUCGGCAAACUGGAUGCAUCCCAUCUUAUCGCGCUCUAUGCUGGUCUACUGGCAGCCAAUGGGCUGGGACUCGCAUGUAUCAACAGCAUCAGCAUCGUGGAAUCGGGAAAUAUUGUGGAGAAAUAUUAUAGAGCAAACAUGGACUUGUUUGACCAAGCGCCAUAUGCUCAGUUGUAUGGCAUCAGCAGCAUGGUUUGGAGUGCUGGAUUGACUGUAGGUCCAUUGAUUGCUGGGUUGCUGAAGGACACGAUUGGAUAUGGGAAUAUGAAUGCUGUGCUCGCUGGUCUGUGUGGACUGACGGCCAUCACUUCCGCUUUCUUCAUUGGCGGGAAGCAAGAAGACGAUGAUGUUGUAAGCGAGCGAGAUGAUUGAAAAGUUGUAUCGAAAGCCUCGUUAUGGUCUAUUAAGCUCUAAAUAUAGACUAUCUAGUAUUUAGAUAAACCAGUAGAUCAUGUCGAGAGUAAAGGUAGUCGUGGC